CGUGACGUCACGAUCUUCCUGUUCGGUAUUUAACUCGUCCUGACGCACGGAGCCGAGCAGACCGACACUUCACAACAGCAGUCGCUUGUAAAGUGAACAAACUCCAGAAACAUGAAGAGCACAGUCUGGUUGUUUUGCCUCAUUGGCCUGACCUGGGCUGUCCACGCUGAAACGGAUCUCCACCGUGAGGAUCGCUCGAUCUCCAACUCGGACUCUGAUGAGAGGAAUCCCUUCAUUCCCUUUCUGAACACACUGACCCAGGAACAGUUCUAUCAGCUCCUGCAGAAACUGUUCUUAGUCCCCGUACCUGCUCCCGUUCCUGCUCCUGUUCCUGCUCCCGUUCCUGCUCCACCUCCAACCGCAGCACCACCUUCUGCCCCAGUGACCGCUGGCGUGGGGAAAUAAACUCCUGGUUCUCAUUUCACACCCCCACAGUGCUCCUACUGGAUUUCUAGAGUAAAAUCGCAACUUCAGUAAACACAACGGCAAGUUUCAUCUCGACUGAGUCUUUGUUCUAAAGUGUUUACGCAGUCGAGAUGUACUCUCUUCUGCACGUACGCUUUAGAUCCUAAAAACGCUUCUGCACACGCCUGAUAAUCUGAUCAAUAUUAUAUUCACUUACAGAAGUGUAAACACCACGUCUGAUCUGAGUUCCAAACUGAAAUUUGAAUAAAAUUGUGCCAUCAUGGGUCAGAAAUUGUAUUUAACUGUGUUACUGCUUUCUGUAGAAACCAGCACGGACACGUGAUUAAUUCUUUCUUCUGUUAAGUUUGUUAAAUUCGUCACCGGGCUUUUAAAGGCUUUACUCUACAAAUCCGAUCAACAUCUAAUAAUGUUUCAGCUUCGUGUGUGCAAUGAAAUGAGAAUAAACACAGACGAUGAUAAUAAAGAUGAUAAAGAAUAAAUUAAA